GAGGACAACCACAGCUACUACGUGUCGCGGAUCUAUGGGCCGGGGGACGCCCGUCUGAGGGGGCUGUGGGUCGACAUGGCAGCGGCCAACAGGAGCCAAGUGAAGAUCCACGGGAUCCUCUCCAACACGCACCGGCAGGCGCAGAGAAUCGUCCUCUCCUUUGACUUCCCCUUCUACGGCCACCUCCUGCGGCAGGUCACGAUAGCGACGGGCGGGUUUAUCUUCAUGGGGGACGUCAUCCACCGGAUGCUGACGGCCACGCAGUACGUCGCACCCCUCAUGGCCAACUUCAACCCCAGCUACUCCCACAACUCCACCGUCCAGUACUUGGACAAUGGGACUGUUUUUGUGGUGCAGUGGGACAAGGUCUAUCUUCAGGGGAAGGAGGACAUGGGCAGCUUCACCUUCCAGGCGGCCCUGCACAGCACCGGGAGAAUCGUCUUUGGGUACAAGGAGAUCCCCGUGCCGGUCCUACAGAUCAGUGCCACCCAGCACCCCGUGAAAGCUGGCCUCUCCGAUGCCUUCAUGAUCCUCAACCCAUCUCCCGAUGUGCCUGAGUCCCGCCGUCGGACCAUCUAUGAAUAUCAUCGCGUGGAGCUGGACACCAGCAAGAUCACCAACAUGUCAGCCGUGGAGUUCACCCCGCUGCCCACUUGUCUCCAGCACCAGAGCUGUGAAAUGUGUGUGACCUCGGAGCUGACCUUCAACUGCAGCUGGUGCCAUGUCCUGCAGAGGUGUUCCAGCGGCUUUGACCGGUACCGUGAGGAGUGGCUGUCCUACGGCUGUGGCCAGAAGUCAGAUGAGAAGACCUGCGAGGAUUUAGCAGAAGGCGACCACUAUUCGGCACCUCCUCACAGCUCUUUCUCGCCGCUGGACGAGGAUGUCACCACCUCCACGUCCUCACUCUUCAUUGACAGCCUCACCACAGAAGAUGACACAAAGCUCAAUCAGUAUGCAGGAAGCGAAGGUAUGGGGAGCAGCCUUCCUUCCAAGAAAGCAGGCGCCCCGAUUCACACAGGUACUAUCGUGGGCAUCGUUCUGGCUGUGGUGCUCAUUGCCGGUAUUAUCCUCGCUGGAAUCUACAUCAACAGCCACCCCACUUCCAACGCUGCCCUGUUCUUCAUCGAGCGAAGGCCACAUCACUGGCCUGCCAUGAAAUUCCGAAAUCACACCAACCAUGCAACGUACUCAGAGGUGGAGCCGGCCAGCCAGGAGAAGGAGGGCUUUGUCGAAGCAGAGCAGUGCUGA